CCCCCUGCACCCCCAGCAGCAAAUAAAUACAAGGCUCCCAGCCCAGAAGCCAGGAGAAGUUUCUAGGCGUGCGUCCCAGAGGUUUUUAUUAAGCUCCUGGCUGGACUCUCUAGAUCUCAGAGGCUCUGGCUGGGAGCCUGGGUUGAGAGCACCGAGGUUUCCUGAUCCUUUGGUGAGGCGGUGCAGGGAGAGGCAUUGAGGGAUUUUGCUUAGACCCAUUGAGGGUCAUCUUUGGGGCCUGGGAACCUCUCCCCAACCCCCCCUCACCCCUAGCCUCGUGUGCCCCACCAUUCUUGGCAGUAGAUGUUUCUGCUUGUUCCUGACGGAAGAGCAACUUUUUUCUGAAGUGGAAGAAUAAGUCAGGCACAGCCAUCUGGGCAUCACCUUGCUGGGUGACCUUGGAUAGGUGGCCCCAUCUCUCUGGGCCUCGGGAUCCCCUUUGAGCUCAGCAAGGCGCCAUGGCUGACGGUCAGUUACCAUUCUCUUGCCACUACCCCAGCCGCCUGCGCAGAGACCCCUUUCGGGACUCGCCCCUCUCUUCCCGUCUGCUGGAUGAUGGCUUUGGCAUGGACCCCUUCCCCGAUGACUUGACGGCCCCUUGGCCUGACUGGGCUCUGCCUCGUCUAUCCUCUGCCUGGCCGGGGACCCUGAGGUCAGGCAUGGUGCCCCGGGGACCCACUGCUGCGGCUAGGUUUGGGGUGCCCACUGCUGAGGGCAGGAGCCCUCCACCCUUCCCUGGGGAGCCCUGGAAAGUGUGUGUCAACGUGCACAGCUUCAAGCCUGAGGAGCUGAUGGUGAAGACCAAGGAUGGAUACGUGGAGGUGUCCGGCAAACAUGAAGAGAAGCAACAAGAAGGCGGCAUUGUUUCUAAGAACUUCACAAAGAAAAUCCAGCUUCCUGCAGAAGUGGACCCCAUGACCGUCUUCGCCUCGCUUUCCCCAGAGGGUCUGCUGAUCAUCGAAGCCCCCCAGGUGCCUCCUUACUCACCAUUUGGAGAGAGCAGCUUCAACAAUGAGCUUCCCCAAGACAACCAGGAAGUCACCUGUUCCUAAGACCCCAGUCCUGGCCUAUCCUAGUUCCCAUCCCCAACCCCGGGGGCUUCUCUGAUUCCAGGGUACAUUACUUUAACUGAAUUCAGAUGUAGUGCAACUCAAACACUGGGCGAUGGGGAGAAGAGAGAAUGACCACAGAGUUCCCGGAUAAUGUAGAGAUAGAUUUCUCCACGGGAUGACGCAAUGAGCAAACGGUACUGGGUUGAUUAGGUCAAAGGAUUGGGAGUUUUUUGUUUGUUUGUCUUUAUCUUUUCCACGUGGAUGGAGACAUUGCGCACCCUGUAGUUGCAAAACACAUCCAUGGGAACUGAACACGUCAGGUUACAUCAGCUAAGACAAAGAUUGCUUUUCUCUGGGAACCUCCUCAGCACCCUAAUUCCUGCCUUCCCUGGGCUCCCCAUUUUCCAUGACUGACACAUGGCUUGGUUGAUGGAACCCAUCAGCUCGCCCCACCGUGUGUCUGUACCCCGUGGUCUACAAGCGUUAGAUUCUCAUACGGGAUUUUUCCAUCAACCACAUGGAAACAAGACAGUGCCUUCCACCUUUCUACCCAGCAGUUUCUAGCAAGUUCCCAUGGUUCUCAAACUAGCACUCCCUACGGGCCCUGAAAGCCCCCUCUGUUUAUUCUCUGGCUAAGGUCCCCACCUUCUUGUGUCCCCUAUGUCCAAGUCGGGAUUUUUACAGAGAGCUGUCUGGAGACAGCUCUGUCAGGAACCAAGCAAAGGCCAGGCAGCCUGGAAUAGACAGGCUAUUGGUACUGUGUUUAUGGGUGGGACGUGUGUGUCAUUGAUGUUUGAACUAUGCUAUUGUUUAGGGGGAAAAUAACAGUAAAGUAAUAACAACAAUAAUAAAGGAGUUGAUGUUCUUA